GUUUUACAAACGGGAAUCCUUUUGUGGGCCUAUUCGAUCCGAAGUGUGUUGUCAUCCAGGGUGAUUGUCCCAAUGAGAAUGUGACAUUUUGGCUAUAUACCAAUGAAACUCAAAAUACUCCCCUUAAAUUGGAUCCAUUAAAUCUAUCACCGGACCUCUUUAAGCCUGCCAAACCUCUGUACAUAAUUUUACAUGGCUAUACCGGAGAUCGUGAUUUCUCACCAAAUACCUAUAUACGUCCAGCUCUGUUAGAAACUCAAGAUGUCUAUGUGAUUUCGGUGGAUUAUGGUCCUUUGGUUCCAUACCCCUGCUAUUUUGCAGCGGUGCAAAAUCUACCCCUGGCCAGUAAAUGUUUGGGUCAUCUAAUCAACACCAUGGUCGAUCAGAAUAUUGUGGAAAAUGACAGCAUCCAUAUUAUUGGUUUUAGUUUGGGGGCUCAGGUGGCAGGGCAGACGGCAAAUUAUCUCAAGAGGCGUUUGAAAAGGAUUACGGGUUUGGACCCCGCCAAGCCCAUGUUUGUAACGGUGGGUUCCGAUCGCAAGCUGGAUGCCACCGAUGCCGAAUUUGUCGAUGUCAUACAUACCGAUGUAUUGGGUCGUGGCAUGUUGAGAUCUAUGGGCCAUGUGGAUUUUUAUCCAAAUAUAGGUCCCUACCAGCCGGGCUGUCAAAUGGAUAAUAUGGAGGAUCCCGGUAGCUGUAAUCACGAUCGUGCCCCUCAAUACUAUGCUGAAUCGAUACGCAACCCAGAGGGAUUUUGGGCCUAUGCAUGUCCUAGUUGGCUGCACAAUAUUUUUGGUCUGUGCAAUCCAUAUUCGAAUGAUGAAAUUAUGGGUCAUCGGGUAAAGAGGAGUGCCUCCGGUUCCUAUUUCCUGAAAACGCACGACAAAUCACCCUUUGCCAUGGGCAAACUGGUAUCGCAAAAUAUGAAUGGCCGACGUCAGCCCAUGCUCUACGAUUACAAGGAUAUUUACGAUGAAGAUUUCGAGCCUCAGCUGCGUAAGGCAUUCAUUGAUUGGACCGAUUAUGAUUUUGUAGAAUUUCGAAAAAUGACACAUUUCGAUGAGCGGCACAACAAACUUGACCUAAUUAGAUUCUUUUUCUUUAAUAGGAAUUCUCCCAACACUCCCCUACUCUUGGAUCCCUUAAAUAUAACAACGGACAUAUUUCAACCCAGCCAACCGGGCUUGGAAAUUUUAAUCCAUGGUCUAAGUUUAAAUAAGGAUAAAUCUCCUAAUGCCGAAGUUCGCCCCUUACUAUUGGAAUAUGUGGAUGUUGAUGUGAUCAGUGUGGAUUAUGAGCCGUUGGCUACAUUACCAUGUCUUUAUCCCUGGGCCAUAGAAAAUACUCAUGUUGUGGCCAAGUGUUUGGCGGAAUUUUUAAAGAAGCUUGUAGAAAUGGAAAUGUAUAAACCAGAAGCCAUACACAUAAUUGGUUUCAGUUUGGGUGCCCAAAUUGCAGGCUUGGCGGCAAAUCAUAUGGAUUUUCGAAUAGGCAAGAUAACAGGCCUCGAUCCUGCUGCAUGGGGUUUUACAUCCGCCGAUCCGAAGGACAAAUUGGAUCCCACGGAUGCCGACUUUGUUGAUAUUAUACACACCGAUCCAUAUUUGUUUUCAUUUAUAUCACCCAUUGGCCAUGCCGAUUUUUAUCCAAAUUUGGAAUCGAUCGUUCAACCGGGUUGUAGUUUUUUCGAGGAGAGAAGAAAUUGCAAUCAUUUUCGUUCGGUGAUCUAUUAUGCCGAAUCGAUUACAACGGAAUUGGGAUUUUGGUCGUAUUAUUGUGGUGACUUUGUCCAUUACAUUUUGAAUCAAUGCCAUCAUUUCGAUGUGGAGAAUCAAUUGAUGGGCUAUUAUGUCAGUGAUAAAGCCCGCGGUUCGUAUUUCCUUUCCACCGGCUCGUCAUCACCAUUUGCCUUGGGUACUCCAGCCCAGACGGAGUUAGUUGUAGUUAAUGGUAUAGUCCAAACUAUAACGGGAUCAUAG